GGACAUUGGAGAAAUUCAUCUCUCCUUUUACGGCAAGGGCUCAGUACCCGAAAACAACUAUGGAGAGGAAAAUACUUCCCAUUUACUUGUUGUUGCUGCUUUCGGUUUUCUUGAUUCAGCAAGUUUCUUCUCAAGAUUUAUCAAGCUGUGCAGGGAGAUGUGGGGAAGGGUAUUCUAGAGAUGCCAUCUGCAACUGUGAUUAUAACUGUCAACACUACAUGGAGUGCUGCCCUGACUUCAAGAAAGUCUGCACUGUAGAGUUUUCCUGUAAAGGCCGCUGCUUCGAGUCCUUUACAAGAGGGAGGGCGUGUGACUGUGACUCAGAAUGUAAGAAGUACGGCAAGUGUUGCUUCGAUUAUGACAGUUUUUGUGAAAAAGUGCACAGUCCUGCAUCACCACCACCUUCAAAGUCUGCACCUCCACCUCCAGGAGCAUCUCAGACCAUCAAAUCAACAACCAAACCUUCACCCAAAUCAUCAAGCAAGAAGACUAAGAAAGUUAUAGAAUCAGAGGAAAUAACAGAAGUAAAAGACAACAAGAAGAAAAGAACCCCUAAAAAGAAACCUACCCCAGAACCACCAGUAAUAGAUGAAGCUGGAAAUGGACCAGACAAUGGUGAUUUCAAGCUCACCCCAACUCCUGACAUUCCCACCAUUCAACGUAAUAAAGUUACCACAACUCCCAAGAUUACAAUAGUAAAACCGAUACUAUCUAAACCCAGUAUUCCACCUAAUUCUGACACAACUAAAGAGACGCCUUUGACAGCCAAUAAGGAGACAAUAGAUGAAACUAAAGAGACUUCUACAACAAAUAAACAGACUUCAACUACUGCAAAAGAGAGGACUACUUCAGCUAAAGAGACACAAAAUGCAGAGAAAACAUCUACUAAAGAUUUUGCACCCACAUCUGAAGUUCCUGCUACAUCUGCACUCAAAGCUGAAACUAUAAGCAAAUCCCCUGCUCUCACCUCUCCCAAGGAGCCAGCUCCCACCACCAAGGAAUCUACACCCAUCAUCCCCAAAGAGCCAGCUCCCACCACCAAGGAAUCUACACCCAUCAUCCCCAAAGAGCCAGCUCCCACCACCAAGGAAUCUACAACCACCACCACCAAAGAGCCAGCGCCCACCACCCCCAAGGAGCAAGCUCCCACCACCAAGGAAUCUACAACCACCACCACCAAAGAGCCAGCGCCCACCACCCCCAAGGAGCAAGCUCCCACCACCAAGGAAUCUACAACCACCACCACCACAGAGCCAGCUCCCACCACCCCCAAAGAGCCAGCUCCCACCACCAAGGAAUCUACAACCACCACCACCAAAGAGCCAGCUCCCACCACCAAGGAAUCUACAACCACCACCACCAAAGAGCCAGCUCCCACCACCCCCAAGGAGCAAGCUCCCACCACCAAGGAAUCUACAACCACCACCACCAAAGAGCCAGCUCCCACCACCCCCAAGGAGCAAGCUCCCACCACCAAGGAAUCUACACCCACCACCACCACCACCACAGAGCCAGCUCCCACCAACCCCAAAGAGCCAGCUCCCACCACCAAGGAAUCUACAACCACCACCACCAAAGAGCCAGCUCCCACCACCAAGGAAUCUACAACCACCACCACCAAAGAGCCAGCUCCCACCACCAAGGAAUCUACAACCACCACCACCAAAGAGCCAGCUCCCACCACUCCCAAGGAGCAAGCUCCCACCACCAAGGAAUCUACACCCAUCACCACCAAAGAGCCAGCUCCAACCACCAAGGAAUCUACACCCACCACCACCAAAGAGCCAGCUCCCACCACCACCAAGGAGCAAGCUCCCACCACCAAGGAAUCUACACCCAUCACCACCAAAGAGCCAGCUCCAACCACCAAGGAAUCUACACCCACCACCACCAAAGAGCCAGCUCCCACGACCCCCAAGGAGCAAGCUCCCACCACCAAGGAAUCUACACCCACCACCACCAAGGAGCAAGCUCCCACCACCCCCAAAGAGCCAGCUCCCACCACCACCAAGGCGCCUGCUCCCACCGCCCCCAAGGAGCCAGCUUCUGCCACCCCCAAGGAACCUACUCCAAGUUCUCCUAAUACACCUGCUCCAACCACCUCAGAGGCCUCUACUUCAACUACCACCAUGGAGCCUCCCACUACUCCCAAGGGCCCUGCUGAAUCAUCUCCUGAGUUUCCUGUAGAACCCACACCAAAGACUCUUGAAAAGAGUCCCGAGGAGCCUGCUGUACCUACAACCAAGGCUCCUAAAGUGACCAAACCUGAAAUGACUACAACAGCUAAAGACAAGGCCACAGAAAGAGACACAACUGAUACCAUGGCAUCAUCCAAAAUUACUCUUAAAGCAACAACUCUUGCACCCAAAGUAAUGACAGCAACAAAAAAGACAACUGAAGAGACUACAAGCAAACCUGAACCAACAGCAGCUAUACCAAAAGGUACAGCUACUAACUCUCAAGUGACAACUCCUAAACCCCAAAAGCCAACCAAAGCACCCAAAAAGCUCACUUGUACCAAAAAGCCAAAAACACCUAGAGUGAGAAAACCGAAGACUACACCAACUCCCCCAAAGAUGACAUCAGCAAACCCUACCUCUUUAGCAGAAGCCAAGCUCCAAACCACCACCAGCCCUAACCAAACUCCCAACACAGAAAUAAUUGAAGUAAGUCCAAAGAAUGAAGAUGCAGAUGCUACUGAAGGAGAAAAACCUCACAUGAUUCCUAGGCCCCCUGUGUUAACUCCUAUAGUUAUUCCAGGCACUGAUUUCAUAGGGAGAGGACCCAGUCAAGGCAUUGGCAUCAACCCCAUGUUUUCAGAUGAGACUAAUUUAUGCAACGGUAGGCCAGUAGAUGGACUGACUGCUUUGCGCAAUGGGACACUAGUUGCAUUUCGAGGUCAUUAUUUCUGGAUGCUAAAUGCAUUCAGUCCACCAUCUCCACCUCGUAGAAUUACUGAAGUUUGGGGCAUUCCCUCCCCCAUUGAUACUGUUUUUACUAGAUGCAACUGUGAAGGAAAAACUUUCUUCUUUAAGGAUUCUCAGUACUGGCGUUUCACCAACGAUAGAAAAGAUGCAGGGUAUCCCAAACUAAUUCCCAAAGGAUUUGGAGGACUAAAUGGAAAAAUAGUGGCAGCUCUCUCAAUAGCUAAAUACAAGAACAGACCUGAAUCUGUGUAUUUUUUCAAGAGAGGUGGCAGCAUUCAGCAGUAUACUUAUAAACAGGAACCCACCCAAAAGUGUACUAGAAGAAAGCUUGCGAUAAAUUAUUCAGUGUAUGGAGAAACGACACAGGUUAGGAGACGUCGAUUUGAACGUGCUAUAGAAACUUCUCAAACACACACCAUCAGAAUUCACUAUUCACCCAUCAGAGUCACUUAUCAAGACAAAGGUUUCCUCCAUAAUGAAGUUAAAGUGAGUACACUGUGGAGAGGACUUCCAAAUGUGGUUACUUCAGCUGUAUCACUGCCCAACAUCAGAAAACCUGAUGGCUACGAUUACUAUGCCUUUUCUAAAGAUCAAUACUAUAACAUCGAUGUGACAACUAGAACAGCAAGAGCCAUUACUACUCGUUCUGGACGGACCUUAUCUAAUGUCUGGUACAACUGUCCUUAGACUGAUGGGCAAAGGAAGAAUCGACUAAUUAAAAUGAAGAAAAGAAUGAUAAACUUUGACACUGAAAUACAUUUUAUUAAUAAAGAAUGUUGAUAUAAGCAUA